AGUCUCAGGCGAGUCAAUUGAAUUUUUUCCCCUGACAUUUCCCCCUUUUUUUUAAACCCUCCCCUCCAUUUUUCGAGGAGCUCUCGGCGAUUUUGAAAGGGUUGCUAAUAAGGGCGGGAAAAAAGGGGAUGAGUUUUCGGGACGACCUGUAGAGGCCCGGCCUCGGCUGUGCGGUUUUAAAAUGGUCACACGAGUGAUAAAUUAAACCGUUAAAUACUUUUUUACCCGAAUUUUCGAGUGAUAAUUCCUCCAAAAAUCAUUUUCACGAGUUUCUAAAACACCAGAUAGUCCAAAAAUUCCCUUAAUUACCGUUAAAUCGUUGUAAUCAAUCCCAUAAACGUGACAAAUCGCCAGUGAUUGAGUGAACAUAACCUUAACACCGAGAUCAACGGUUGCAUCAAUGCUGAAUUGGAAUUCAAAAAGUUCUUUAAUUUUCUCGAAGUCAUGAACGACCUGGAAGACACACACUGCGAGAUUCGCAGAACAGUCGAUCUCCAGUUGUCCCCCCUAUCCCCAAAUUCGUCCUUCGAGGAUGACGCCUCCCCUCCUCUCUCACCCCCAAGCCCCUGCACCCUGGGGGGUUUUUUUCCAUCGACGAAUUACUCCUGGUUGGCAUGUCGCUCUCGUCUGACAGUCUUCAACACAAAAACCGGUGCCAGCAUCUCCUCUUGGAAAUUUCGCCAUCGAAUCUCCUCGAUAUCCCCAUUUCCCUCGUCCCCAGGUCAAAUUCCCCUGCUACUAGUGGGCCUGGAUAAUGAUGCACCGAGACUACGAGACUCUCGGGGUGCGAUCUGCGUCUUUGACUGCACGAUUUCUCAGGUGUUACGUGCCAUAAGAACGCCCUCAGGGGUUGAGCAGCUCUGCGUCAUCUCCGGAGGUGCUCCCUGGGAGGAUCCUGACGACAGACGAGGGGAUAUUCUCCCUGGAUCAUCAGGACUAGGCUGCGCAGCGCUCAGGAGUCUCGAUCACUUGGUAGUGGAUCUUCGUCGUACAUCCUGGGAGGAAUUCCAAGAUUAUUCUCAGUACGACGAGUCAAAUCCUGCUGAGCUUGAUCUCCCAGAGCCCUCGGGAGCCCUGAGACACAGAAAUCGUGAACGUCAUGCCUGUCACAAUCUCAUGUCCACGAGGAUUGAGAAGUACAUUGAUUUCAAACGAGAGGAUCUGGAGAGCUCUGUCCUCCAGGAUAUCCUGACGACGUCGUUAAUUCACUCAAGGAAAAUUGGUUGUGUAAUUUCUGGGUGCCUGGGGCACGUAAUCCUCUGGCAGACUGAUGGAAUCGUCAGGUGGAUCAGUCCUCCAUCGGAGGAGAGCAUCUCCAUCAGUCAUCUCGCCCUCCUGGAGCCCACAGAUGAUCCCAGGCCGUUCUGCUACCUCUGGGUGGCAUAUCAGGAAGAGUCGGACGUUCCUCCAGUCCUCAAGAUGUUCGCAAUGCUCUUUGAGAGGAAAUACUUCCACAAGGGGACAAAUCAGUACUUCACUCUCAAGGGAGAGCCCUCGAUGAAGCUGGAGCUGGAGCUAGAGGGAAAUAAAAUUGUAGGUCUUUGCCCUGUUACCAGGGACAGCUGCCAGGAGACGGAGACCGGGACGAAGAGCUCUGAGGAGAGUCUCCUGCUCGUCAGCACCGAGGGCAGGUCAUUUUUGUUUGAUCUGAAUCAGUGGUAUAAGGAGCAGAUGCCGAGGACUAUUGGGGACUGCGCCAAUGUCGAGGCGAUUUUAUCGGCGUACUCCAGGUCUCAGGGAGGGCCUGAGGGCAUCCUGAGCUGUGUUCACGUGCCAUUGACCCUCAAGGAGUUCCCAGGGGCUGGGCAGGGCGCACCGGAGGAGUUUUUUUUCCCCAAUUCUCUUUCUCUGGAGUGGAGUGAGCUGAGUACAAACAGAAUCACCACCUGGAUGACACGAGGAGUUCAGUCUCAACUCCUCAGGGAUAUGUCUCUCUCAGGACCUGUAAUUAUGCUUCACCCUGCGGAGACCUUUCAUCGUUGUGCAUCAUUCGGAUUAAUUCCACUAAAUGGCGACUCCUUCAACAGUGAUCCUGACUUCCAGAGGGACGCCCUUCUGACUCUUGUCCUCCAGCAACGCUGGACAACUUUUCUCCUCCGGUGUGUCAGGGAGUGGAGUGAUGGCAGCGCUGCAUACCUCUUCCCUGCGUUUAUUCGAUGGGCUGUCCAGAGAGCAUCGACCAUCAAACUCACAGCCCACAGGCUCUGCAUUCCUCUUUUCGAUCAGUCUGGGUGCAGCAUUGGGGAGGCUGAGGUCAGGAGUCUCAGAUCCCUCUGUCAGCAGAUGGAGUGUCUCUCCAACGUCGUGGAUAACCUUCCUCUGGCACAGGAUCAGGAUCAACAGAGAACACUCAAAAGAAUAACCGUUUACCUGCAGGUUCUCCUGUGGUUCCUCGACGUGGGGCUUCUACCAGAGUGCCAGGACGUCGAUGAGGAGUCAUUACCCAUAUCCAUCGUUCCGAAGAUUCCCUAUCCAGCUGAGAAACUCAUCUCCAUGUACAGGGAGAAACGAGAGAAGCAGGGAGGAGUGGAGAUGAAGAAAUCAGAGAAGGAGGAGAAUUUAUUCAUCGACGAGCUCAUCACCAGGGACUGCAGUUUUCUCGUGGCUCAGUGGGAACGAGAGGCAACUGACACCAUCUCCGAUGGUCGUUAUCCCCCUCCAUCAUUGCAGUCAUUACUCAGAGGGAUUUUGACAGAUUGCUAUCACCCUGAGACCAAUGAAAUGGAGAAUAAACACCAGAUUAUUAUUUAUCUCCUCAUGGAUCUCGUGAUGCUCCUCCAGGGCUCGUGCCCCAGUGUCGACCAGCUGGUGAAGUAUCCAGCUGCUUUCAAGCUCAGCCCUAGUCUAAUCAAACUCACUCAGGCCCUGUGGCUCCUUGAUCACGAGGAUUAUCAAGGAUUUCUGGAGAUCAUGACUGGACAACUGGUGUGUGACUCUGACGUCAAGGAUUGGCAUCACAAACUCGUUAUCAGGACGCUGAUCAAGAGUGGACAGAAUAAAUUGGCGUUGAUUUAUUUGAGAGUGAGGAAACCACCUCUGUCCUCUCUGGAAGAGCAGGGAACUGUCAUCAGCCUCUCAGUGGAGCAUGGACUGGUACAAUCGGCAUUUCAUCGAAGGCCUCCAUCCCACUACAGUCAACUCCUGAUGAAAUUCUUCAAGGCCUGCAAGGACAACGAUCGUCUCAACGAUAUCCUCCACCUCGCCAUGGACUUUGCGGAGGAGGAAACAUUUGUCCAGUUUCUGGAAGAGGAGAAGUGCGAUGAGACGAGGCUUUUGUAUUACCUACAGAGGUCCAGGUAUAACGAGGCUGGUGGCAUCUCGUUGGGGAAGAAUUCCUCAAAGAAGUCUUCAUUCGCUGUUUUCAGUGCUUAUCAGGCAACUCUUCCUGAGGUCACCAGGAGGUUUAACAGUCAGUUGGGGAAGAGAAAUAUUCAGGAGCCUGAGGGUAACUUUCCCAGACCAUUUUCUCAUAUCAAAAGUCAGUCGAGAGUUAGGGAGAUGCAUGAGGCUGUCAUCAGGAAGGCCAGGGAGACCUUCUCCAGGGGGGAUAGACUCCAGAUUCCCUUCGUCACUGCUCCCUCCAUGUCUCUGAAGGCUGGGGUAAAUAGUAAUGAGGGGAAUUGCGUUAUGUUCGCUGAAAGAAGCAGGUUAUAUGGAAAGAGGACCCUAGAUCAGAUGAGGGAGGAAGAACCAGAGGCUAGUGUAGGCCCCAGGAAGCGCAGGAGAACAGACGAAAGCAGGAAAGAGGACAGCAGGCAGCUGAGUCUCAGUAUGGUGUUCGAUACUCCUCUGGUGAAAAGGAAGAACCAGAUGAGUGCCAGGAGCACCGCUGCAGAGACUCCCCAUUCAAUUCUGAAGAUCAGGAGAAUGAUCCAGAAGUCAUUAUCUCCGAAGGAUGUGCAGGCCUCCCCCAGUGAGGAGGAGAGGGAGAAGAGGCCCCGACAGAUCAGAUUCAGCAUUAUUCCCAAAAUGGAUGAGUCCUCGAUCGAUGGAGAUCCUCCUCCUGGGGAUGACGUGCAGAAUGAAGUUGCUGGAGAUUCUAAUUUAUCGAAUCCUGAGAGUGAUGGCUUUCAUAGCGCUGAAAUCAGCGAAAACCUCGGCCAGAGUACUGUACUCUCCGAUGACACUGAUAUAUCCUUUCCAUUGCCCGGACCCCGGCCCAGACCUAGUCUCAGGAAAAACCUCGAUGAAGAUCUCUUGAGGAAAUCGUUGAUUAAAAAUUGUGAACUCAACAGGAAUUCCUCUCUGGAGUCCAGCAGACUGUCUCUGGAUAAUUCUGUAUUCUCGGAUAUUGUUUCAAGCACUUUAUUGAACCCUGCAACCCCCAGGGGCAGUAGGUACGACCCACCGAUGUGUGCCUCGACUGUUCUUUCCCCUGGAUCUAGUUUCGAAUUUCCUUCUGGGGAGCAUUCACCAAGAGCAAUUAAGAAGAAUGGAAAUUGCUCGAUUGAUACUACAGAAUCGGUCAAGGACGAGUCCCAGGACGGGAUGGACGAGGGGGGUUUUGUCGAGGAGAUCGUUACCACGACGUCCAUCACCACAACAAUUCUUCGGGGAUUCAGUGUUGAUAGGACUGACGUUAAUGAUAAUACCGAGGAGAAUUUCCAGGGUGAGAAGAGUUAUCAUUCUCUGGAGCUUGAGGAGAGGAUGGAAGUGACGGAGUCCUCGAGAGUUGGGGCUCAGGGGUCUCCGGAGGAGGAAAAUCCAGAGGAUGAAGAAGAAGUUGUUCAAAAGGAAAUGGAAGAGCAGGAGGAAGAGCAGUUACCAUCUGAGGAUUACGACGAGGAACUUCUGGCCUUGAAGUACGAGGACGACGAUGACAACGACGACGUCUUCAAGAGCCUCUCCAACUCGAUGGACGUUCAGGAUCAGCCUGAGAAUCAGCUCCAGGAGGAGAUCCAAGUCCCUGAGGGUGUUAAGAAGACAGCAACAAGUCGUUUUUACGAGGAAUUAAAUAUCACCGAUGAUGAGUCAAGGAGUGUCGACGAGAGUCUUUUCAAGAGGAAAUUGCAAGGGCCACCAGUCGGUAGGGAAUCUCUGAAUAUAACUGACGAUGAGAGUGAUCCUGAGGGUGAGGAUGUGGCUAAAUCAUUCUCGAAUCGUCCAGAAAAUCCAGUGAAUCCAGAAAAUGCACCAGAGGAAAUCCCGGAAGAAGAUGAGGAAAAAAUUCAGGAGAAUGUUGUGGAGGAGGAAAUUCGAGAAGGUGUCAAAGAGGAAACUCAGGAGGAUGUUAAAGAGAAAACUCAGGAAGAUGUCAAAGAGAAAAUUCAGGAAGAAUUUGUGGAGGUGAAUGUGACACCUGUAAGGAUGACCAGAUCAAGAGCAUCCUCACUAGCUUCCGAGACUCCAGAGGAACUGAAAACCCCCCGGACACGUCGUGCCACGUCUCUCGUGCAAGAUCUACCCUCUCCCAAGACAUCAGCAUCUUCAGAGUCCCCGACUGCAGGAAAGCGACGAGGAAGACGAGCCACGUCCCUCGUGAAGGAGGUACUAACAUCCUCAAUGAUGGAGGAGGCGCCAGUAAGGAGAUCCUCUCGUAGGAAAGAGCCUGAAGCAGUUAAAACCACACAUGAGACCAUAGAAGAAGCUCCAGAGGAGCCUGAGCCUGUUAAAAAGACAAGAGCAAGACGAGGAGCAUCUGCUGCUAAGGACUCGACUCCUGUUAAAGACGUGACCCCCAGGAGGACUCGAGGGGCGUCAGUCGUUAAAGAAGAACCACCGGAGGAGGAGAAAACACUGGAGAUGAGGGUGAAACGAACUCGGGGGGGAUCCGUGGCUAAAGACCAGGAAGAAGUGCCCAGGAGGACGCGAGCGGUAUCAGUAACUGAUGAAGAGCCCAAGACGAGAGCAAAACGGGGGAGAACUGUCUCCUCGAGUUCAGAGGUGAACGAGGAAAUUCUGGAGAAGAAGGGACGGCCCAGGAGAGGGGCUACUGCAUCAGAGGGGAGUGAGGAGACAGAGAAGAGGAGAGUCAGGGCUUCUUCGGAGGUUAAUGAGGUCGGAGAAAGACCUAGGAGGACUCGAGCUACUUCUGUGACUUCUGAGGGGACAGAGGAGAUUGGGAAGAGGACCACGAGGGCGGCUUCGGUGGUGAAGGAUCCUGAGGAGAGUGGAAGGCCGAGAAGGACUAGAACUAAUUCAGCAUCUUCUGGGGUUGAUGAGGAGGAGACCAAGGGGGUGAAAGAGACUUCAGCCCCUCCUCCGAGGAAAACUCGUGGGGGAUCUGUCUCGAAGGAUCAGGAGACUGAUCCUGUGGGAACCAGGAGGACAACUCGAGCUAGUUCUGUUAGUAAAGACGAGGAGGGUGAGGUGUCAAUACGAUCCACUAGGAGAAGGGCCAAGGAACUCCCCAGUGAGUCCUUGAGGACUAGGAGGGGGGGAAGUAUUGUUAAGGAAGUCAUACCUGAGGAAAACAGUGAUGAGUCGAUCUCUGGGCCACCGGGAGGCAGCAGAAUUCCCUCGAUUCCUGAGGAGGAUGUUAAAGAGGGCAGGAGAAGGGGGAGGAGGGCUGUGAGUGUCGAUCUCUCUCCGGUUGAGGAGAAGGAGCUGGGGAAGAGGCAGAAGGGGAGAAAGAGGGCUGCGUCUGAGACGAAGGACCUGGUCGAGGAGGUGGUGGAAAGACCCAGGAGGGGCAGAAAGCCCAAGAAGGAGGAGUUCCAGUUCGCUGCACCUGAGGAGGCCAGGGGCCCCAUAGAGGCCACCUUCGAAGGACAAGUACCGGAUUUUAUAUUCUCCCCGCCAUUCGCACGGUCCAGGGAUGGUCAGGAUCGUAGGGAAAUAGUGAAUUUUAUUCCUCCACUGACUGAGGAAGAGAGGAAAAUGAUACCAGUGAAAUCGAGAAUGAGAGGAGAGGAGGGCAAACAGGUGAGAAUGUCACAUGUGCCUGGUUAUCGCACCAAAUUUGUGGUACCCAAAUGGUCCCGAGGUAAUUCCAAGUAACUAAAUUAUUAAAAAAAGCCACGAGUUAUGUUAAUCCUUCGACAAAUCUGUUGGUGCUAAAAAAAUUAAAAACCUGAUGAACAAAAUUUCGUCUAUUCCAUCUCCACAUUCACAAGUGCAUUAAAUUCCAAGAGACUAUUCUCUGCGUUCCGACUGAAAGAUUAGCUAGAUAAAUAAUUACGGGUGAUUGUUGCAAUCAGUCAUUAUUUUUCUCUGAUUGGUGCACACAGCAAUUACACCUGCACAUAAGACAAUUGAAAUAAUGUACAAAAAGUUUUUUUUUUCUCUUCGUUUUUCCCUCGAAUGCUGGAUCUCCACGAAUUAUGAUUCUUCCUCAUUAGUUAAUUAUGUCGUUACCGUUUAAUUAGUUAUUUAGUUUCUCAUCUUUCUCAUUCUGUUUGAAAUGUGAAAAGGUUUUUUUCUCUCGAGUUUCUCGAAUUUUUCCAUCGUGGAAAUAACGAAUAUUCAGUGUUCAUUUUUUUUUUCACUCAAGCAUUUCGUUCUCUUCUGGCUGUCCUUUUUUUUCGUUUAUCAUUCGGAGAAAGUAAAACCUUGUAACAUACAGUUGUAAAUAAUUUAUUGAUAUGCUCAUGUAUAGGUAUGAUAAUGCAAUAAACAUAUAAAAAAAUUUUAAUUGUAUAACAUUUUGUUGGGGAGCCCCUCAAUUAAUCGAUUCAAUGUUUAAACGUUAUUUAUUUUCUAGAAAUCUCUAUAUUAAUGUUAAUCGUUAGUUCAAUUGAGGCCUGAUUCAUUACGAAAUGAACUAUUUCAUUGUUAUAAUUAAUAACAAAAUUCAAAAUUCGUCGUUGAAUUCAAGGAAAAAGCCCUGAAUUCGAGACACGUGAAAAAUAUCUGAUACCGAUAUCGGCAAUUAAUUCAUUAAU